CUUUUCUGGCAGACGCCCUUGAGCAUUUGAGAGACGGAUGUGAGAGAAUUUUCAGUCUAUUGGAAAACAACCCAACUAAACAUAACAGAUUACAUCAGCUCAGGCUUUUCAAUUCCUGGAUGGCAGUAGCAACGCUAAUCCAACCUUCAUCCUGGAUUUCACAAAGUAAAACAAGGGAGGCUGGCAAGAGGACAGAUUGAGGAAAUUGACGACUGCAGGCCUUGUGGGCAAUAGGCUGUAUAAAGCUCAAAAGGCUGUAUGCUGAACUCCAGCUACUACUUUGGGUUCUUCACUGCUGCAUCCUAGAGAAGAAGACCCCAGGACUUAGUUUUUUUAAACCUGUUCUUUGGAGUGAAUAGUGCCUUUGUCACCUAAAGAGAUGAAUGGGUUUCUAAUCUUCACUUUAUUUCUGGUCCCCAUGCAUGUUGGAGCUACCUGGAGUGCAAAAUAUGCAGUAGAUUGCCCUGAAUCUUGUAACAGCAAUGAAUGUAAAAACCCUGUGCACUGCAAGCGGAUGGUGCUGGAUGACUGUGGCUGCUGCAGGGUCUGUGCUGCAGCUUUGGGGGAGACUUGCUACCGGACCGUUGCAGGGAUGGAUGGUGUCAAAUGUGGACCUGGACUGAAGUGUCAGUUUUUUUCCGAAGAGGAUGAUUUUGGUGAUGAGUUUGGUAUCUGCAAAGAGUGUCCUUAUGGUACUUAUGGACUGGAAUGCCGAAGAACAUGCAACUGUCCAUCUGGCAUAUGUGACAGAGUGACUGGGAAGUGUUUAAAGUUUUCAUUUUUCCAGCUGGCUGUCUCGAAACCUCCCAACCGACGGAAAUUAAUUUCACAUGCAGAAAAUGACAUGGGAUCCGGUGAUGAUAAUUCUGUAAAAGAAGAUUUUGUCAAUGAAAAAGCCAUUCACUCUCCAAUAAUGAAAUGGCUAAACCCUCGCUGAUAUUAACCUAUAUGGGACUUUUAAACCAAUGCUUUCUUCAGAUUUAUAAUUAAUAUUCAACAACCCACUUUAAAGACCAUAGAUCUCCAGCAAAGGAACUGGUAACGUGUAAUAAAAUCCA